UUUUGAGUGUGAAUGUGGUUCCCCUCUGUCUCACGGGAUCGAACGUGUGUGACUUAAUUGUGACUCGUCGAGGUGCAAAUCUGAAAGGCAUCACCCUGCUAAAGUGAAGUCACUAAGCUACAAGAGACAGAGGGAAAUCGCAUCUUCCUCUCAGCCUACGUAAUGCUAUACAAUGCUAAACAUCCCCUUCUGUGAAUCCUUCUCCUGAACUUGCUAUGUAUUGGCUUUGAGUACCCAUAUCUCGAAGUCGGAGAAGAAGCUAGCUAUAGUGUGGGGGGUUAAGGCAUGAGCAAACGUGAGGGGUGGAGGACGAGGUGCACCUCUUAAGCUCGACGUCACACAAAGCCACCCCCCACAGGUUCCCAUGCCAUACAGUAGUUUGUAGUGCUUUAAGCAAAUAACCAGACCUUGGGACCGAACCAAAUAGGAACGCAGAGUAAUCGGAUCGUGAACUAUGAUGUUGGACAACGUCGUCGUUUCUGAUGCUCGAGAUGGCAUAGGGGCGCGAUGGGACAUAGAGAUAAAUGAUGGACGCGUCCAAAGCAUCGUUCGCCCGUCAAGAUCGAGCCUUGAUAAGCCACCACAGCUCAUUUUACCUCCCCUUUGCCAUCCUCAUAUACACCUUGACAAAGCCUAUAUCCUAACCUGUAACAAUGGUGUCAAUUCGCGGCAUCCGGACUACUCGGAUCUAUGUCCUAAGUCAGGGUCCUUCGCUGAGGCCUUGACAAAUACAUCACAAGCUAAGGAACGUUACACCCAGGAGGAUCUCUAUUUGCGCGGAUCGCAGUUGCUAGCUACUAGCUAUGCGCAAGGCGUGACGUCUAUGCGAGCCUUCGUUGAGUUAGACCACGUAACAGGCCUGCUCCCCCUAGCCACCGCCAUUCGUCUCAAGGAGGAUUUUGCCCAUUUGCUCGAAGUACAGAUCUGUGCGUUUGCCCAAGAUCCCAUCUUCUCAACUACUCAUGGCGAUACAAACAGGGCUAUUAUCGACGAGGCACUUGCCAAAUUCGCCCCGUUCAUUGGGGCGCUCGGGACAACCCCUUACGUUGAGAUGUCCAGGGAAGAUUCGUUGUCAAAUAUCGAAUGGGCCAUCACAAAGGCCCUAGCGCAUCAUAUACACCUCGACUUUCACUUGGAUUAUACGCUGGAGCUCCCUUCGUCUCUCCCCUCCCAGAAGCCUCUCACCUAUUCUGCAGUGGAGUUGCUUCUCAAGCACAACUGGGCACAGAUCGCCGACAAGUCUAAAACCAUUGCUCUCGGUCACUGUACCCAGCUUAGUAUGUUUGAUGAUGUUGAGAGGAAAGCACUAGCUGAGCUCGUCAUUGCAAGUAGACUUCCUAUCCAUUUCAUUGGUUUGCCAACUAGUGAUAUAUUCAUGAUGGGCCGGCCUGGAUCAACCGAAUCCAGGAGUCACGAUCGACCCCGCGGGACGAUGCACGUUCCUUCCAUGAUCAGAGAACUCGGAUUAUCCGCUUGUCUGGGCAUAAACAACGUCGGGAAUGCUUUUACACCCUUUGGGACUGGGGACCCACUACAACUUGCAUCGUGGGCCGUAGGAAUCUAUCAAGUUGGUACUGUUGAGGAUGCGGAGCUUCUUUACGAUUGUAUCAGUAGCAGGGCGAGGAAGGCUAUCGGGUUGGAGGAUGUUUCUCGAUACGACCCAAUUCAUGAGGGCCAAGACUUGCGCGGGUAUCUCUUGUUGCGGAACGAGUCGGUGGCGGAACUUCCAGGUCGCCACGGUCGAUCUAAGAUGACUAUUGCCCAGAGACAACGCUUAAAUCUCAAAGAUAUUGUCUGGGAUCCGCCAGAGGUGAAUUUGCGAACCGUUGUGAGGUGAAUGGCUUCUUAGUUUCUGAACCUCACCUUUGAUAUGGCUGGCACUAAUGAAUGUUUGUUGUUGGAUACUGUAUGCAUGCCACGGGUAAAGCAGCUAGAUGCAGUUUGCUGAUAUAAGCAGACGAAUU